GCUAGUUAAAACAGGUAAUACAACCAGCUACUUCGAUCAGCUACCAACUAAUUUCGAAAUAUGGCCUUUGUCCGUUCAAACAUAUACGGAUUACAAGUACUAAUAAGUGUGAAAGUCAAAUCGAAAUAUACAUUGAGUAACACAUGUCAUUCCUUAGUAGUCGUAUUAAACACAUACUCGUAUAGAACCAACGCGGGAAAACCCAAUCAAAGAAAACCAAAACCCCCCAAAAAACCCUUGGAAACUUCUCACACAAUGUCAUCAACCGUAAUAGUCCUCGACAACGGCGGCGGAACAAUAAAAAUCGGCGUCGGAGGUGACCGGAAUCUGACCUUAAUCACCCCAAACUCCACCGCCAAACCACCAUUUUCUCUCUCCUCCUCAAAAAAACUCCUCACUUCCGACGAAAUCCUCUCUUCCGACCCCACCUCUCUCUCUCUUCGCCGCCCCAUUGAUCGCGGCUACCUCCUUAACCCCGACCUUCAACGCGACAUCUGGGCCCACCUCUUUCGCUCUCUUCCACUCCCAUCCCCCCACGUGUCCUCCCUUCUUCUCACCCACCCCCUCUUUUCUCUCUCCUCCACGUCAUCACCCCUCUUUGAGCUCGUCUUCGAAGACUUCAAUUUCAGGUCUUUGUAUGUUUCUGAUUCGCCUUCUUUGGUUCACUUGUAUGUAGCUAGUAGGAAUCCAAACGGUGUCGUUUCGAAGACCCAGUGUAGUCUUGUUGUUGAUUGUGGGUUUUCUUUCACUCAUUGUGCUCCUGUUUUCCAGAAUUUUACGCUUAAUUAUGGGGUUAAGAGGCUUGAUUUAGGGGGUAAAGUAUUGACUAAUUAUUUGAAGGAAUUGGUUUCGUAUCGUACUAUUAAUGUUAUGGAUGAAACUUUGAUUAUGGAUCAUGUUAAGGAGGAGCUUUGCUUUGUUUCUCUUGAUGUUCCUCGCGACUUGCAGAUUUCUAGGAAGUCUGGCAAGGACAACCUUUUUAAAUGUACAUAUGUCCUUCCUGAUGGAAUCAUCCAUACAAAAGGAUUUGUAAAAGACAUGAAUGAAGCACUGAGGUAUCAAACUCUGUAUGAUGGGGAACCAAACUCUAUGCCUAAUAAGGAAAAGGCUAUAGAUCCCUCGGAUGAUGCAGAGGAGGAUCUUGAGGACAGAAAAAAAGUUGAUCCAACUAAAAAUGAGUUUAACUUGACCAAUGAGCGCUUCCUUGUCCCAGAGAUGAUUUUCUGUCCUGCAGAUUUAGGGAUGAAUCAAGCUGGAUUAGCGGAAUGUAUUGUUCGUUCUGUUAACUCUUGUCAUCCUCUUCUCCACCCUGUAUUAUAUGAAAGUAUCAUUUUGACUGGUGGAAGCACUUUAUUCCCUCAUUUUGCUGAGAGAUUGGAAAAGGAGCUUCGACCAUUAGUCCCUGAUGAUUACCAAGUGAAGAUAACCACUCAAGAAGAUCCCAUAUUAGGUGUUUGGCGAGGUGGUUCACUUCUGGCGUCUAGUCCUGAUUUUGAGACAAUGUGUGCCACCAAAGCCGAAUACGAGGAACAAGGAUCUGCACGUUGUAGUAGAAGGUUCUUCCAGUGAAGUAAAGUGAACUAGGGGUGACUGGAGAGGCCCGGCCUCCACAGCCUAACUCCACAUCCCAAUCAUCUUCUUAGUUGGUCCCUAUAGAAAAGAGUUUUAGAUAACUUAAAAUAAAUAUCUGUCAUAUUGUAUUAGUCAUUUAGUUGUCUCACUAGAAAAAAAACUAUACAUAUGACUUUGCUCCAAGCUUGCUUUCCUUUCGGGGUUCGAAAGAGUCGGGGAAAAAAAAGUUGAAAAGAGGUCGAAUCUUUAAAUGAAAUACAUUUUUUUUGGUGACGUAGAUGAGUUUUAAUGUUAUGGGUAUUAUGGUAUAUACAAGUAUAAAGUUUUGGUUGAAAAGUCAUAUGUAUAGUCUUAUUUAGACAUAGAGUUUUGGUUAGAAAAUGUAGACUUCUUUUCUUUCUAGGCUUGAAAAUAGUCUAAUAUUAAAGGCUAUAAUUUACACUUGUAGACCAAUUUUAUUCUUGAUCUGAACGUGUGGAGUGUCCUUUGGGAUCA